UACAGAUCAACCUUCUACAAUGCGGUGAUCCUUGGCCUGUGUAACUUCCUCGCGCCGGGCAUCUGGGGCGCCAUGAACUCGCUAGGCGCGGGUGGUCAAGCUAGCCCGCAUCUCGUGAACGCCGCCAACGCCCUCACAUUCUGCCUCAUGGUCCUCUCUUGCUUCUUCUCCAGCGCACUAGUAAACGUCAUUGGUAUCAAGUCCGUACUCAUCAUCGGAACGAUGGGUUAUGCUCCAUACGCCGCGGGCCUGUACACGAACAACCGUUUCGGCACGGAAUGGCUUGUACUUGUCGGCGCCGCGCUGUGCGGACUCAGUGCCGGGCUCUUCUGGAUGGCCGAGGCGGCGAUUGCGCUCGCCUACCCUGAGCCGUACAACCAGGGGAAGUUCCUCGGCUUCUGGCUCACCUUCCGUGUCUUCGGACAGCUCAUCGGCGGCGCUGUCAACCUGGGCCUGAACUCGAAGAACGGCGAGGCGGGCAAGGUCUCGUACACGGUGUACAUCGUGUUCAUCGUGCUACAGUCCCUUGCGCCGUUCGCGGGCCUGCUCUUGACGCCGCCGAAAAAGGUGGAGCGGUCGGACGGGCGGGCUGUGAAGCUCGAGAUCCAGGGCUCCACCAAGUCUGAGCUGGUCGCGACGGUCAAGCUGUUCUGCACUCGCGAAUUCCUUCUCAUCGUGCCUCUGAUCGCUCAGGCGGUCUUCUCCGAGGCUGUGAUGUUCACCUACCUUUCACUCUGGUUCAGCGUUCGCGCUCGCGCGCUGGGCUCUUUCCUUUCCGCCAUCGUGGCAUUGACUGGUGGAAACCUGCUCGGGUGGUUCCUGGACAACAAGUCAGUGAAGCUGAAGCUGCGCGCCCGUGGCGCGUUCUUCUUCAUCCUGGCCACGCAGGGCGGGUGGUGGAUCUGGUCGACGAUCCUCACGACGCGCUUCGACCGCACGAAGCCGACGUUCGACUGGGGCGUCGCGGGCUUCGGGAGCGCGUUCACGCUGUUCCUCGUGCUCGUGCUCUCGUUCCAGCUGCAGUACCUCUACCUGUACUUCGUCAUCGGCCACCUCGCGAAGACACCAGAGGACGUCGUGCGGAUCGCGGGCCUGCUGCGUGGGACGGAGAGCGCGGCGCAGGCGGUGAGCUACGGGCUGUCGAGUGUGAGCAGCUUCGCGGCCGUCGGGGCCAGCGCGGUCAACUUCGGGCUGUGGGGCAUCGCGUUGGUGCCGGCAUGGCUUGUUAUUCGCGACAUCGGGGGCCGGCUUGGAGACCGGAGGGAGGAGCGCGAGCGGGCCGUGCAGCACGAGGAGGACGCUGGGACGGAAAAGUCUAUCAACGAGAAGGUCCCUGUGUAG